AUGUCUCUUUUGUCACGAUUUGAUACAAUUCUACGCCAUGAAAAGCCGAGCAAUUCCGAAUUAAAACAGAUUAUCAAGCAAUGCGGUGUGACGAUGCCGGUGAAGACAACCAAAGACUCUAUGGUUGAGGAAAUCCGUUCUCAGGUAUUUAAUGUCGAUGAGAACACGAUAAUGAAACCUCCUUAUUCCCUCGUUUCUAUCGAUGUCGGCCUUAAGAACUUUUCUCUGACCAGAUUUGCCGUCCCUGUCAUGGGUCGUCCCAAAGUCAUACAAUGGUGUAAGCUCAAUCUCUCACAUUAUACGGGUCUGCCGGACUCUCAAUUCAAUCCUAUUAGAUAUGCACAGAUUGUCCAAAAGACAUUGUUUGAUUUGGUUAUUGGUCAAAGCGAUUUCCCUUCGGUAAUUGUUGUGGAAAGGCAGCGGUUCCGUACCAAUGGAGGACGUAAUGUUCACGAGAGUAUUCUCAAAAGUAAUGCCAUAGAGUAUAUGCUAUUUGCUGCAAUCGAGACUCUUCGAGUAUUGAAUAAGGAGUUUAAUACGCUGUUGGUGAGUUCGUCCCCCCAUAUAAUGGCUUCUCACUGGGAGGAUUAUUAUGCCAAUUAUGUACCAUCCGUUGUCGAUGAUUCCAAACUGGUUCGAAUGAAGGUUGUGGAUCAAUGGUUGAGAUUCUUCUUACUUGAUCAGAAGAGAUCAACCAUUGGUUCUCCUCCAUUUGAGUUCAGUGACAUAAUCACUCGUGGAUAUACUCGUUUUGGAAUUGAGGGUGUAGAAACUCGUCUUCAUCGUUUUACAAGUGUAUCCAGAAGAAUCUAUGAGUGCAUGAGGUUACUUAAUGAACUCAACGAAACUAAAUAUAGCGUAGAUCUAGAUGAAGGAAGCGUUAAAAAGGGUGACGAUGUCACAGAUUCACUUCUACAUGGUCUCACAUACUUAGAGUUUGAGUCUACCAAAAAGAAACUCAGAGAGAGUAUAAAACAAGGCCAUCUAGUCAUCUAA